AUGCCGCCGCGGCCGCUGCCGCUAGCAGCAGCCGAUGUAGCUUCCGUAGUCCGCCGCUCUCACGCGGCAACCUCUUCAGAACUCACAGCCUCCACGCUCCCCGCCUACCGCGCGCUCAUCCGCGAGCUCGUCUCUGCCGGCCGCCUCGACGACGUCGACGCCGCCCUUGCCUCUGCGCGCUCCCACCUCGCCCCAGACUCCCUCCAACCGCUCUACGUAGUCUCCAUUCAAGCUUACGCCCGCGCAGGCCGCCUCCAUGCCGCCGUCGACGCUUUCGAGCGCAUGGACCUCUUCGGCUGCCCGCCCGCCGCCCCCGCCUAUAACGCCAUCAUGGACGCCCUCGUCAACGCCGCCUACCACGACCAAGCUCACAAGGUCUACGUUAGGAUGCUUGCCGCCGGCGUUGCGCCCGACGCCCGCACCCACACCGUCCGCCUCAAGUCCUUCUGCCUCACCGGCCGUCCUCACGUCGCCCUGCGCCUGCUGCACAGCUUGCCGGAGCGUGGCUGUGACGCCAAACCGCUCGCCUACUGCACGGUCGUGCGGGGCCUCUAUGCCCACGGUCACGGUUAUGAUGCACGUCACCUGUUCGAUGAAAUGCUCGGCAGGGAUGUCUUCCCUGACGUUGCCACUUUCAACAAUGUUUUGCACGCUCUUUGCCAGAAAGGGGAUAUCAUGGAGUCGGGGGCACUUCUGGCCAAGGUCCUCAAGCGGGGCAUGUCAGCGAACAAGUUCACUUGCAACAUAUGGAUCCGUGGCCUCUGUGAAGGCGGUAGGUUGGAAGAGGCUGUUGCGCUAGUGGAAAGGAUAGAUGCCUACAUUGCGCCAGAUGUUGUCACUUACAACACAUUGAUGCGUGGCCUUUGCAAGGACUCCAAGGUCCAGGAAGCUGCACAGUACCUUCGUAGGAUGAUGAAUCAGGGCUGCAUACCAGAUGAUUUCACCUACAACACCAUCAUUGAUGGCUACUGCAAGAGGGGCAUGCUGCAUGAAGCUACUGAGCUUCUGAAAGAUGCUGUAUUUAAAGGUUUUGUACCGGACCGGGUCACAUAUUGCUCACUGAUCAAUGGAUUGUGUGCCGAGGGUGACGUCGAGAGGGCCCUGGAGCUCUUCAAUGAGGCACAAGCAAAAGAUUUGAGGCCUGACCUUGUCGUCUACAACUCUCUUGUCAAGGGGCUCUGUCGCCAGGGCCUGAUCUUGCAUGCCUUGCAGGUCAUGAAUGAGAUGGUCGAGGAUGGCUGCCGUCCUGACAUUUGGACGUACAAUAUUGUCAUCAAUGGCCUAUGCAAAAUGGGAAAUAUUUCAGAUGCGGCAGUUGUGAUGAAUGAUGCCAUUGUGAAAGGAUACCUUCCAGAUGUCUUUACCUUCAACACAUUGAUUGAUGGCUACUGCAAGAGAUUGAAGCUGGACAGUGCACUUCAGCUUGUUGAAAGGAUGUGGACGUAUGGCAUUGCCCCUGAUGCUAUCACAUACAACUCGGUUUUGAAUGGUCUUUGCAAAGCUGGCAAAGCCAAGGAAGUCAAUGAAACAUUCGAAGAGAUGAUCCUUAAAGGAUGCCGACCAAAUGCUAAUACUUACAACAUACUGAUAGAAAAUUUUUGCAAGAUUAAUCAACUGGAAGAGGCUUUUGGGGUGAUAGUCAGGAUGAGUCAAGAUGGGUUAGUUCCUGAUGCAAUUAGUUUCAACACGCUGAUUCAUGGAUUCUGCAGGAAUGGUGAUCUUGAUGGAGCAUACCUACUCUUUCAGAAGUUGGAUGAGAAAGGGUACUCUGCAACAGUUGACACUUUCAACAUCCUGAUCGGUGCAUAUUCUAGCAAGCUGAAUAUGCAAAUGGCUGAAAAGAUUUUUGGUGAAAUGAUCAGCAAAGGAUAUAAACCUAAUUUGUAUACUUAUCGUGUUCUAGUUGAUGGGUCGUGCAAGGCUGCAAAUGUUGACCGUGCGUAUGUGCAUCUGGCAGAAAUGGUAAGCGAGGGUUUUGUUCCAUCGAUGGCUACUUUUGGCCGUGUAUUAAAUUCACUUGCAAUGAAUCAUCGAGUUUCUGAAGCUGUUGCUAUUAUUCACAUUAUGGUGAGAAUGGGAGUUGUUCCUGAGGUUGUUGAUACCAUCUUGAGUACUGAUAAGAAGGAGAUAGCUGCACCGAAGAUACUUGUUGAGGAAUUGAUGAAGAAGGGUCACAUUAGUUACCCUACCUAUGAAGUUCUUCAUGAAGGAGUGAGAGAUAAUAAAUUAACUAGAAAUGCUCGAAAGGCAGAUGCAUCUAAUAUGUUUGCUUCACAACAUCAUAAAAGAUCAUAUCAAUAA